AUGGGGAAUUCCAUUUAUACUAUAUUUAUGCCAAGGGAAGCCUUUUCAAGAAAAGCCAAUGCUGAAUUAGUUUCAAAAGCCUUACUUCAACUGGAUAUUCCUGCAGGUGUGAACGAUCGACAUGAUAUUGUAGUGGACAAUCAAAAAGUAUCUGGAAGCGCAUAUAAAAUCAUUAGUUCAAGAGCCUAUCAUCAUGGUACUAUGCUUAUCGAUGCCAAUACUACCAAUUUGAAAGGAUGUUUAUCAAAGAAAUAUAUGAACAAGUCAGGUAUUCAAUCCAAAGGGGUAGAAUCAGUUCCUUCUCCAGUGACAAAUUUAAGGGAUUACUCUUUUACGGUGGAUCAUCAACAAUUCUGUGAAUCAGUACUUACUGAAUUUGAACGAGAAUAUAAUCAUGGGAUAAAUGUACAGCCAAUUAUUCUCAAUGAAAGAAGUAUUCAAGAUUUACCGGAUCAAGUCGAAAAGACAAGACAAGAACUUUGUUCCUGGGAAUGGAUGUAUGGUCAAACUCCUGAAUUUACUCACAAAAUGGACAAUAAAUUUGAUUGGGGUCAUAUGAAUGUAUUUAUAAGAUCAAGACAUGGGAUGAUUACUGAAGUAGACAUGAGUACUGAUGCUAUUAGUGCACAUGAAGUAACAGUUGUGUCUGCUUUGUCUAUAGCUUUAAAAGGAUGUCGCUAUUCUGAACAUGCUCCUCAAGAUGCCAUUGAUAAAAUUAAUUUGGAAAUCCCUGGAUUAAUCAAUGAAGAAAACAAGAUCAUUGCGGAUGAAAUUAUAGAAUGGAUGCGAUCUAGGCUCGAAUAA